AAUCCCGACUUCCGGAUUGGAUAGCCGUGCAAGGAACUUCAGCUGGUCAGUUCCCGUUUUGGGUUGUUAUGUCGCCAUGUCGCGCCUGACCAUUGUCGAAAAGGGACGUCCCACCCAAUCGCAAAAUCUGAUGAUAUCCGAUUUUGGUUACCAUGCUACGCUCCAGACUCGUUGCGAGCGCCAGCGCAGUCCACAGUCGCGUCACAAGGGAGAUGACAGAACGCGGCAGCCUUCGCCCGAUCUGCCUCGCUGAACCGUCACAUGAUAACGCACCAAGGUUGGACAGUUCCAGACAUUCCGUGUCAGCGUUCAACCGACGUCACGUGUGCGGACGCACCUCCCCUGCCACCCCCACGAGCUAAAACCCAUCGAUGUUUUUUUUUUGUUUUUUUUUUUAUCGAACUAAGACCGUUUAUUGAAUGAUUGAAAGGUUGAGUGGCUUAUCCCACGGUCGCCUAGUGUGACAAAACCACGAAACCGCAAGCUCCACGACUGAGACAUCAAACGCCGGGACAAUCGCGGCAGUACUGAUAAUCAUGGAUUUACUAGUUUCGAGAGCGACCGUGCAUCGGUGUAGUAUCUCUUCGUAGCAUUGUAGUCUCGAGGUUCCUUUUUCAUUGUGUGCUCCAACAUCGAAGGGGGUGUGUGUCAGUCCACCAUGGCAAACUUGGAGCGACGAUGGAGUCUCCUCGACGGAUCGGACUCGAAUCCCAAGCCGCGAAGUGCGGUAUCGCCGCCGACGCAGAACCUGCCUGCUACUCGAGGCAAGAAGACCCGCCACGUGCGGUCCCGAUCCGACCAGGUCGGGCAAGUGCAGUGCGGUCCGUCGCCGUCGACGGAGGAAGCGAUCCGGACGUCCACGUCGUUCCCUGCACAACUGACCACUGGCUCCGUUGGCCGACGAAGCAUACUGGACGAAGGUGGCAGGGUGGCCCCUCCCACGGAAUGCUUCUUUCCGAGGCCGCAUCGGGGCCAAAGUCUUACCAGCUUUCUCUCUUCGGCUGACUUCGGCACCUGUACACAACUGGACAGGGAGAAUGCGCACAUCUACGUGUCCGAGGCCCUGAUUGCAGCCAUGGAGCACCUCCGCUGCAGUCGAGCCGUGGAGCGGCCAGAGGAGCAGGCCGACAGCGACGAAGAUAUCCGCCAGCUGCAGCACUGGAUACAUGUUCGCCGAAGAGAGCGCCACCUCGAGAAAGUGCUGAAAGGUGCCUUCGAGCCGCAGCUGAGCGAUGGCCGCACCGACGCCACCAGCAGUACGUCCCCACCAAGUUCCGAAAACUCGUCGCCUUCGUGCCGCGUUGAUGUGUCAGACGAUGAAGAGGAUGACGCGGAAGAUUUCGAGCUCUCUGAUGCCACGGGAGCGAGGCUUGCUUCGCCACUUGCAUCACCUUGCUCUGGCGAGUCGCCGAGUCAUUGGCGCUUGUCUAGCGGCGAGCGUCUCUUGGAGGUCUCAACAGACACAGAGGUUCCAGGAGCUUUGCUUGAUUUGUCGCUGGAGGAACCCAGUAAAUUGUGUUCUUCGGCAGAGGCAGUGGCGCUGAGCUUGCUCAAGCGGUUCUCUGGGAAGCAACUCCCCAAGGCAUCAGAACUACAGUGGUUGGUUUCGGAGCACGAGACCGACCAGUCGUUGCUGCCACUUCCUGACGCCUGGCCUGUUUCGCCAGAUCAGCAGGAAGAGGAGUACACCGCACACAAGCUGCGCCUUCGUGGCAAUUCCGAGUGGGCGCCUCCACGUGAGCAGAUCAUCUUCAGCAUUCAGCCUGAACUCAAGCGCAAGUUGCAGUUGGCGAAGCAGAACUACCGAUGUGCUGGCUGUGGCAUGAGGGUUAGUACAGGGCAGCUGGGCCGCCUGCGCUACUGCUCCUACCUGGGGAAGCUGUUCUGCCGCUGCUGCCACAGCGACGCGCGUGCCAUGAUCCCGGGUAGGGUGCUGGAGCGCUGGGACUUUGGGCUCUACCCGGUGUCCAACUUCGCCCGGGACCUCCUGGAGCGCAUGGCGCCGGCCCCACUUUUCAACAUCAGGGACGUCAACUCAGCACUCUACUCGCGGGUGCGGUCGCUUGAAAAGGCCAGGCAGUGUCGGCUGGCUCUGGGGCCUCUCGAACAAUACAUCCGCUGCUGUCGUCAGGCCGACAGCCUCCAGCAGCAGCUGCAGCAGCUACCCCCCCACCUGCUGUCCGAGCCUCAUGUGUACUCGCUGGAGGAGCUAUGGCAGGUGCGCAUGGGAGGCCCCCUGGUGGGGCGGCUGCGCUCUCUGCGGCAGGACUGCGAGGAGCACUGCUUGUCCUGCCCGCUGUGCACAGCCAAGGCCUUCAUCUGCGAGCGCUGCAGGGAGCCCAAGGACCUGCUGUUCCCCUUUCAGCUGGCCACCACCACACAGUGCCAAGGCUGCAAAGCAUGUUUCCACCGUGCCUGCUUUGUGCCAGGUGCCUGUGACAAAUGCCGCCGCCUGGAGGACAGGAGGAAGAGUUUGCUGCAGUUGUACGAACCCGCAACCUGACCUUGCUGCCGCCAUCGCUCUUCGGUGGUACCUGCUGCUCAACCGUUGCAAGACUGCCACAUGCUUGCACGUCAUCCAUCUUUUUUAAAACCGAACGCCCCCAGUGGUCAGGCUUGGGCCUAGUCAUUGAGAUUGAACUGACCAGUCACAUUUCUGCCAGGUCACACCUGUUCAGUGUGACCUGGCCCUUCUUGCGUGGUGUUGUAUAUCGGAGUCAUAUUUUUACGCAGCGCUCGCAGAUAGUUUUAGGGUUGGAACGAAGGUGUAUAGAAACUAACAUGGUUGUACGCGCGGUCGGAUCGAGAGGUCGCGGGAAUAAUUGGCCCGUUGUCUGCCGCUUCUGUCAUAAGUAGUGUUGAGACAAAAACAAAUAUUAAUGGCUCGUUAUUUUAAAAAAAAUGGUAUUUUUUUGUUUGGGACAAUCCAAAUUUUUGGAUAUACCCUAUGUUGUGCCGUGCCCUACAAUCGUUGUGUGGUUUUAUUGUUCGAAUUUCUAAAAUAAUGUGCUCGAUAAAAACGAAAAUAGAAGAAUAUAUGCAUACUCAGUGGGCCAUAAUGACUACAAUGAUUUUGAAAGUUUGGUCUAUCUCAAAAUUUGCAUUGUCACAGGUGGCACACUAAAGUGUCUCCUGACUGACGAAACAUAUGCACAGAGUCUUGGCUUUGACGUAAAAUAUAAGUCUGAAAUGGGCGUGUUCCCUUUCCUCCAUCAUCUGGUCUAGCGCGGGUGUGGAGGACCAGGGGGCGUGAUGGCAAUUCCCUCCUUGCACACUUGUUUAUGGGAUUGUUGACUGCGCACGCUGCUGCAAAGAGCGGCGUGUCGCACCUACUCACAUUGCAGCCUUCUGACAUUAUGUUUAAGUCUUAACAUAAAAUUGGCUUCUUUUGAUUGCUUGCUCAAAUGACAUUCACACAUAAGUUUGCUAAAACCUGUGACUGACAAUGAUUGCAUUGGAACUUGUCUUCAGUGCCUUUUACAGUUUCUUAUUAUUGAUAAAACUCUCGGAUCACGUGAUGCCACUAUGUUUGCUUCGUGCUUCAAAUUGAAUACUGUAUCAGUUUUGUUUAACGCUUUUGAAGGUUAGAGCGACAAAUGUGUCAAAUAAACAAGUUGAUGUUCUGAGAAUAAAGGGAGUGUCACUAACAGUG